GUGCACAAUCACUUAUUAAGCCACUAUCAGUAGUAGCUACUAUUAAGCUAGCCUUCAAAUGCCAGCGAAAUAUUUCUGUCAGAAAGUCUCGCGCAGGAUCAACUGUAUCUCACGGUUCAUUACCUUGACCUUUUAAAUUACUUUUUGAGCUAUUACCCGAAGCGAUUAUAUAUUCUUCCUGGUUGUUGUGGUUCAUUUAACGUUCGCAAUAGUGUUGUUACACUGUAUCGUUGAUUGUAAAGGGUUAACGUUAGUAAGUUAUCGGGCAGUGGUAGUGCUGCAAGUUACCGACACUUCAUGUUUUGGGCCUUUAUGCCUACCUAUACGUCUACUGACAUGCGUGAACUUCGAAAUGAAAACAUCUUUUCUAUAUCUAUUAUAUAUUAGUCCCGAUUUGUUGUGUAAAGGUUAGGACUUUCGGUUCAUAUUAUGUGGGUUCGUCUUUAAAUGUCUUCUUGCGAGUAAGGAGUCAAAACGUGCCAGAACCUAUCCUACUGUAACCAAGAUUUUAUGUUUUGCUGCAAUUUACCAGUCAAUAAAUUCCAAUCAUUUUAACUCACUGCUGGUCCACACAACACAAGGUCCAGUUAAAGCUCCCCCUCCUUUUGUGCUCUUCACCGUGUGUGUGACUGAAAUAGCUUAACUGCACAAUGAACGGGGCCCACUUUGUGAAGACACUGUUUCGCCUGGGCUAUCCAGAAGCCUCUGCUCUGAAGCCCACUGAGUUUGACUGGAUGUCUGAUGACACCCCGGACACCCAGGAAUUCCUGCGCUUCUUCUGCAGUCUCGGAGCCCAGAAUGUUUUAUCUGACAAGGAAGAACAUUCGUACAGACUCCUGGUCGACUCUGGCAAGUCCAUACUGACUGAGCAGGAACUUGAGAAGUUGGAACGACCUAAGAAGUCAAGAGGCCUGGAGAUAAAUGAGGAAGAUGAUGUUGAUGAGGAGGUGGAUGUGGAGGAAGAUGCUGCUGCUGACGAGAGCCUUGAGGAACUCCAGCACGAACUGGAGAACCUGCGCAGACAGAAGCGCCUGAGGCAUCAGCGUCUGCUCCAGCUGCAGUGUAUAAGGCAGAGGUGCGCCGACAAUGCCGUGGCCCUGUGUGAGCUUGCUCAAGGCCAGGAGCAGGGCAAUGACGGAGGGCAGGGCGUGACCGUGGUCAAGGCUCUCACCAAGGAGAAUGUGACCACCAAUGUGGCGCUGCAGGACCUCCAGGGGGAGGUGAAGAGGCUGCAGAACCUCAUGUUUGCAGAAGGAGGUGCUGUGGAGUGGCAGCAGGAGUACUUGCAGAUGGAGCGCCACUCCCGGUGCUCGGUUGCCCUCCUCUCCCAGCUCCCCCUGGAACCGUACAUGCAGAAAGUGCAGCUCGCCCACCAGUGCAUUAUGGGUCACUACAAGAGGUGCCUUGCUACAGAUGCGUCCAUGUUGAAUGAGGAGGAGGAGGAGGAGGAGGAGGAGGAGGGUACCAGUGGGAAAGAGGUGGAUGAAGGAGAGGUGGAGAGGAACAGGAGAGAGCUGGCGAGGCUGCAGGCGGCUCUCUUGCUGAUUCAGGGACAGCUGGUGCAGGCGCGGGCAGAGGAGGCUGGAUCUCGGGCGGAAAAGGAGUGGCUGUCACAGCAAAGGGGCACAAAUACACAGCCUUUGCCCCCUGACCUCGACACCACCGCCGUCAUGCCCUCAGAUCGUUUCCUCGCUCUCCUUCGCUGCCGCGCCGAGCAGCUCUGCCUUGCCACGCUCCAGGCUGACGCAUGUGAGCAGGCCGUGAGUGUGCACCACCGCGCACGUCUGCAGGAGCACCUUUGGGGGGCGCUGCUGCACCAGCACGCCCAGCUGGAGUUGCUGCGGGCACUGCUGGGCACCGAGCGAGACGCACACGCCCGCACCCUCGCUCACACGGAGAGUGUCGCAGGGAUCCUGGGGGAUGAAGCUGCGCAGGCAGACGGCCAGGUCGAGGAGCUGAAGCGCCUGCAGGAGAGCGUGCCCAGGUCUCAGAGCGAGCCCACUGUCAGCGCUAAAGACCCCACCAUCAAGAGGUUGCUGCCAAUCCUGGAGGCUCCUGAGGAGAUGGCCGGCUGCUUUGACUGUUUGACAGAACUCACGGGCUUGAUCUCUGCUCAGGGGGCGGAGCUCAGUCAGCUGGGCGGAGCCGAGGGCAGGGCUGGGGCUGAGCUGCGGAGCCUGAUGAUUGGUCUUGAGAAGGACUGUGACACUCUGAGGCAGGCUGCUCUCUCGGAGGCGUGGCAGGUGCAGCGGUCUCCGCAGGGCGUAUCUGAAGCCUUGCAGAAAGUGGAGAAGCAGACUGCCUCCUUCUACAGGCAGCUGCAGGUGGUGUCUGCCGACCUCUCCUCCAAGCGCUCCCUGCUGAAGCACAGCGCCACUCUGAGGCGGGAGAGGGAACUGUAUGUGCUCUUCCACCUGGACCCUGCCCAGCUGAGCAGAGUGCUGGAGGACUGGGAGAGCAGCGAGUGAAACCAAAACUGACACAAUGCUGCACAAGAACAACACCUGAUCUCUUGAUGUUAUUCACUGGCACUUGUUUUGCUGGUCCACUCCCUAGCCUGUGCCUUAGCCCCCUAUAACCCCCCAUAGACUCACUGCCACAGAUGACAAUUGGUGAUGGCGGCAGUUGGAAUAUUCAGUUCCCUGGAAGUGGGAAAUCCCACAUUAGGUCCUUGUUUUCACCCAGUGGCUCUCACACACUUUAACGUCCUUUUUGUGUGUGUGUGUGUGUGUGUGUGUGUUUCUAAUACACUACCUCUCUCUCUUUAUAUAUGCUCUAUUUUUCCUAAUGCACUUUGUCCUUUGUGAUACUAACACACAUGUUACUUAUAUACUUUAUAUGCUACUUAUAUACUCUAAAUAUUAUGUUAUGCUUCAUUAUUGAAUGAGUGGAUGUUGGAUGGCAAUCCUUGAGGUCAUCCAAUCAUGUCCUCACUGUGGUUUGUUUUUGUGCAAUAGGUUGGUCGGAAGCGAAGGGGUGGGAAAGCACUUUAAAUGUCAGAAAAAUAAAAUGUUACAAGUAUG